AUGAGUGGCGGACUUGUUGGAAACGAGGUUUUGGAGGCUAUGAGAUGUGAAGUCAAGACUGAGGAGCACUCCCAUGAAACACGCCAUUUGCAUCUUCCACAUCCACUAAACUCUCAACUGGUGACCAAAAGAGAUAAAGACGAGCUUCAUCAUCAUCAUCUAGUCCAAGACCUGAGAAAAAGAAAAUCAAGAAACAUAAAUUGGUUCAGAGUGAAAGUAUUCCGGAUCAGGGACGAGCUUAGAAAAAGCAUGAACUGUUUGACAUCCACGAAGAUGAAGAAAUGCCAUUAUCAAACAACAACAAAAAGAUGGGUGAUUUCUCGUGAGAACAAUGUGAACUCCAUCAAACCCACAAGCCUGCAAGGAGGAGUGGUCGGAGAGAAUAGAAGGGCACUGAGCGUCAUCAAUCAGAACCUGGUCGUGGAGUGUGGACACAACAAGAAGAUUGCCAAUCCAGUGCAUCGACCAAUUACCAGGAAAUAUGCAGCACAAAUUGCUCCCACAAAGCGGCCACUCGCCGAGGAAGAUAAGAAGUCGAAUAAUGCAUCAAGUUUAAAUUCAAAUGGAUUUGGAGAAUGCAUAUUUUUGGAUGAAGAACACAAGUCAGUGAAGGACCAGCCGGUACCCAUGUCUUUAGAACAAUCAGAAGAAGAAAUGCAGACUGAAACAGAUCAGAUGAAGGAAGUUGAGAUGGAGGAUAUAGUUGAAGAUCCUAUCAUGGACAUUGAUUGCAGUGACGUGAGCAAUCAUCUUGCAGCUGUAGACUAUGUUCAAGAACUUUAUUCUUACUACAGAAAAAUGGAGAUUAGUAGCUGCGUCUCACCACAUUAUAUGUCACAACAAGUUGACAUUAAUGAAAGGAUGAGGGCUAUACUGAUUGACUGGCUCAUUGAGGUGCAAGACAAGUUUGAUCUUAUGCGUGAGACUUUGUUUCUUACAGUGAACCUAAUAGAUAGGUUUUUGGAGAAGCAAUCAGUGGUAAGGAAGAGGCUUCAAUUGGUGGGUUUAGUGGCCAUGCUUUUGGCAUGCAAGUAUGAGGAAGUUUCGGUUCCUGUGGUGGAGGAUCUGAUACUUAUAUCAGACAAAGCAUAUACAAGGAAAGAAAUUCUUGAAAUGGAGAAGUUGAUGCUUAGCACAUUGCAGUUUAACAUGACUGUGCCCACACCAUAUGUGUUUAUGAGACGGUUUCUAAAGGCUGCUCAAGCAGAUAAAAAAAUGGAGUUGCUAGCUUUCUUCUUAAUAGAGAUAUCUCUUGUGGAGUAUGGGAUGUUGAAGUUCCCACCAUCUUUGCUAGCUGCAGCUGCAAUUUUUACAGCUCAAUGCACCAUCUAUGGUUUCCAGCAAUGGAACAAGACAUGCGAAUGGCACACAAACUACUCAGAAGAUCAGCUAUUGGAAUGCUCUAAAUUGAUGGUUGAUUUGCACCAAAGGGCUGAAAAGGGAAAACUAACUGCUGUACAUAGGAAGUAUUGUACAUCUAAACUCAACUAUACUUCAAAAUGUGAACCAGCAAGUUUUCUUGUGGCGAACCAAUUAUAGCAAGGCCAUGUAUAGAGGAACUAACAAAAAACACAUGACU